AAACUGGGGACAACGCCUCAACAUAACCGCUACUUGCAUUAGUCCCAUCGCUCGCCGAAUUGGUUUGGUUUUGUAACCGCUACUGUGAGCCUGUCCAGCUCUCACUGCGCCUGUUCGGGGAGGGAGUGGAGUGCACUGCGAAGCUGAGCUCACCCUUCCCCCGCAACUGCUUCGAGGAUAAUCAGGACAUACAUGAUGAAGGCUGUUCCAAUCAGUUUAGGGAUAUUUUUCGGGAAUUGUUUUGCAUUACGCAUGCGAGAAUCAAUCAACUACAGUUCCCACUAGAGUUAUCGGCACUUCUAAGAAAAUCUAUGACGCACAAGCAACUUUAAUUGAUUGAUUUAUUUUAAGAUGUGUUCUUAAAACAUGUGGAUGGUAGGGUGUGAGCCGAGGUAACCUGGUAUCUUUGUCAAUGAAACAUUCCCAGCAGUUAUGACACUUGUGUCUAAAUAUCGAACUAUACAUACUGACUUAUCUGGAAGGCUUUCAUGUUAGCUUUUAUCUGAGAGGACGCAGAGGAUCCUUCUCCCCGGGUCCUCCGUGUCCUCUCUGCCGCCGUAAUGGCUUGCCGGAGAGGCUGCUGCUUCGGCGCGAUGAACGAUGAUAACGCGCGGUUCCUGAUGCUGGCGGUGCUGAUCAUGCUGUAUCUGCUGUGCGGCGCGGCGGUGUUCUCCGCGUUGGAACAACCGAAGGAGCGGCAGGCCAAAGAGCGAUGGGCGCAGCGCUUCGAGAACUUCACCCAUAAGCACAACCUCACCCGGACCGAUUUGGAGACCUUUCUCCGGCUCUACGAGGAGGCAAACGUCGCCGGUAUCCGCGUGGAUACACUCAGACCUCGCUGGGAUUUUACCGGCGCUUUUUACUUCGUGGGGACCGUUGUGUCAACCAUAGGAUUUGGCAUGACCACCCCGGCCACGGUCAGCGGCAAAGUCUUCCUCAUCUUCUACGGCCUGAUCGGCUGCGCCUCUACCAUCCUCUUCUUCAACCUCUUCUUGGAGCGUAUCAUCACGGUGCUGGCCUUCGUCCUCAAGUCGUGCCACGAGCUGCAGCAUCAGCGCCAGGGCGUCGUGCCCCACGAUGGCCGCAGGGAGGUGUCACUGCCAGGACCCAGAGAUAGAGACGGGGACAUUUUGGCUGGAUGGAAGCCUUCAGUGUACUAUGUGAUGCUAAUUCUCUGCGUGGCCGCUGUGGUGAUCUCCUGCUGUGCCUCGGCCAUGUAUUCGGCGGCAGAGGGCUGGGGAUAUCUGGAUUCGUUGUACUUCUGUUUUGUGGCGUUUAGCACCAUCGGGUUCGGGGACAUGGUGAGCAGCCAGAAGGUUUCGUACGAUAGGAACCAGACAGCCUACAGACUGGGGAACUUCCUGUUUAUAUUGAUGGGUGUAUGCUGUAUCUACUCGCUGUUCAACGUCAUAUCCAUCGUCAUCAAGCAGACUCUUAACUGGCUGCUGAGAAAGCUGGGCAUUCUCUGCUGCCGAGGCUGCUGCCGCUGCUGCUCCGCCGGGAUCGGGAAGAGACUCCGGCCGCGCCGGAACGCCGUGAUGCCCAGCAGCACUGGACACGGACACCCCCGGGCGCGGCGGACUGUCUCCAUAGAAACGGACGCAGUGAACGAGAGCGAGACGGAUGGAGGCCGGCGGAUGUCUGGGGAGAUGAUCUCCAUGAGGGACUUACUGGCGACCAAUAAGGUGAACCUGGCACUGAUGCAGAAGCAGCUGUCGGAGGCAGCAACUAAUGGGAUCCCUCGACCGUCCGUCUCCAACCAAAACAGACCAAAUGGAUUUUCUGGAGGAGUGGGGGCGCUGGGCAUCAUGAACAACAGGCUGGCUGAGACCAGUGUCGACAGAUGACUGACUAUUACAAUACUCAUAAUAAUAACUUGAUUUAUUUUCAGUACAAGUAACAAAGUGCUUCACAUCAUAAAAUAACCUAAUAAAAGUACUAACAAAGAAACAAAGACAGGAGGAAGGAGAAUAAAAAACAAGACGAUUAUUA